AUGAGGCUCCCGAUCAAGUCAAGACAUCUUCUUGCCUCGAAGUGUCUCCCACAUAAACCAUUCCUAACUUUUUUAUACCCCCGCUUUCAAGAUUUCAUCAAACCUGCACGGCACUUUCACUCCACUCAUCCAGCAUCUUCCAUCACACCUGGGGAGCCGGGCACGGCUUUAUCAGCGUUGAAUGAUAUUCAAAAACAAAAAGGACUCUCUCAAUCUUCCCAACAAAAAGUAAUUGUCCUAUGGGACCUGGACAAUAAGCGACCGAUGGAUUCAAUCAACCCGUACGAAGCAGCGCAAAAUCUCCGUGUAUUUGCCUCCCGCUUCGGCAACGUCAUUAAUAUUUCCGCCUUCGCAAAUCGAAUUGGAAUGUCAUUUGUCCCUCCUUCGGUUAUAGAAUCAAGAAAAGAACUGAAAGAGUAUUACGCACUGGAGCAUAAGUUGCACAGAAAGUAUAAGAUAAACCCUGAUGAGCCUUACGUGUGUGGUAUCUGUGGCAAUAAAAAGAAAACCCAAGUGGAAUUGGUGAAUCAUUUCAAAAACCAUGAAAAGAAAAGAGUAAAGAUAUUAAAUGGGGCAGCGCAGCUUAAGGGUAAAAAGAAGGCUCGGUUUCUGGCGAGAGAACUAUCUAAGGAGAAGAACGCUAAGUAUCAUGAGGCGGCCGUGGGAAUCACUAGGCCUGUUGAUCGGUAUAAACUUGAUACUGAGCUUCGGCGCGCAGGAGUCGUGGUAAAUCUCGUUAAAUCGAGUUCGCAGGCUACGGAUAAAGCAAUCGUAGCAUAUUCAAAUGAGAUGCGACAGAAGAAGGCAACUUUGUACGACUGGUUGAUACUGAUAUCGGAUGAUACUGAUUUUGGGGAUUUGGUGAAACGCCUUUCUCGGAAGGGUGUAGGAACGAUUGUGGUUGGGGGUCAACCGAGCAAGAAAUUGGCUAGAGCGGCAUGUGCGUGGCUGCCGUGGAGCUUGGUUGAGACAGGGUGUAUAGAUAAGGAUGCCAUCAAGGAAGCAGUUGCGAAUUCGUUACUGACAGAGAAAAAAGAGGAUAAAAUGAGGCAGAUGAAGGAGAUUUUUGGUGUAAGUAAGCAGGAUGGAAUUGUGGAAUCAUAUCCGAGACACUCCUCCAAUGAAAACGAUGGCCAGGAUGUACCGGACCAAAGCAUCUUGAAUCAGCACGUAGCAAACUUUUCCGAAAGGUCCAUACCAAAUUCAGGAUCGGAUCGAGAUCCAGAUCCAGAGCGUCCUUUAUCGCCAAGUUCACCCCUAGACGCCUCUAUCGCUGAAGAAAUUGUUGACGUCCUCACCUCCGUCAGCCCUCUAGACCAUUCAAUCAGGUCGAAGUCUGAAUCUGGGUCACAAAAAGAAUGCGAAAGGGAGUCUAAUACUAUCCAAAAUUAG